CGUGGCGAGAUAGUUUGCUCCGCAGGGACCCGGACGCGACCAAGGGGAGGCAAAAGGACUCUCUCUGCACUUGUCCAAAAGAAGAAUCUAGAGCAAUCAGAGCAGCUCAGGUAGUUCUAAAAGCCAUGGCCCAGGGAUUACUCACAUUCAGGGAUGUGGCCAUAGAGUUUUCUCAGGAAGAAUGGAAGUGCCUGGGACCUGCCCAGAAGGACUUGUAUAAAGAUGUGACUUUGGAGAACUUCGGGAACCUGGUCUCCCUAGGACUCUCCAUCUCAAAGCCUGAUGUCAUCUCCUUAUUGGAGCAAGGGAAAGAGCCCUGGGUGACUGCAAAUGAUGAGACAGAACCAGGGUGCCCAGUUUUGGGGUCCAGGUGUGAGAAAUUUUCACAGAAAGAUAUGUGUGAAGUAGAGUCAUUCAACUGGGAAAUGAUGGGCAACCUUAAAAGCUGUGAUUUUGAAGGUUCCAGUUUUAGAGGUGGCUGGGAAUACAAAGGCCCAUUUGAAAGACAACAUGUCAGUCAGGAGUGCAAGCAAGAGGUCAGCUAUGGAGCCAUGCCCACCUUUGAGCACCACACAGCCCUCGCUCAUCAGAGGAGUGAGAAUGGCGAGAAACUGAUGGGAUGUAACGCAUGUGGGAAAGUAUUUAGUCGCGGCUCACACCUUAUCCAGCAUCAGAAAACUCACACUGGUGAGAAGCCCUUUGAAUGUAAGGACUGUGGGAAGGCUUUUAGUCGUGCCUCACACCUUGUUCAGCAUCAAAGAAUUCAUACGGGGGAGAAACCAUACAGCUGUAAGGACUGCGGGAAGGCCUUUGGGCGGACGUCAGAGCUUGUUCUCCACCAGAGACUCCACACUGGUGUCAAACCCUAUGAAUGUAAGGAGUGUGGAAAGACCUUUAGGCAACACUCACAGCUUAUUCUGCAUCAAAGAACUCACACGGGCGAGAAGCCCUAUGUAUGUAAAGACUGUGGGAAGGCUUUUAUCCGUGGCUCACAACUUACCGUUCAUCGGAGAAUUCAUACGGGUGCUAGGCCCUACCAGUGUAAAGACUGCGGGAAGGCCUUUAGACAGCAUUCACAACUCACUGUCCAUCAGAGAAUCCACACUGGUGAGAAACCCUAUGAAUGUAAGGAGUGUGGGAAGGCCUUUAUUCAUAGCUCAGAAGUCACUCGACAUCAGAGAAUUCAUUCCGGGGAGAAGCCCUACGAGUGUAAGGAAUGUGGGAAAGCCUUCAGACAACACGCACAGCUUACCCGGCAUCAAAGAGUUCAUACUGGCGACAGGCCCUAUGAAUGUAAGGACUGUGGCAAGGCCUUCAGUCGGAGCUCAUACCUUAUUCAGCAUCAGAGGAUUCACACAGGUGACAAACCCUACGAAUGUAAGGAGUGUGGGAAAGCUUUCAUUCGGGUUUCACAGCUGACUCAUCACCAACGAAUCCAUACUUGUGAGAAGCCUUAUCAGUGUAGGGAAUGUGGAAUGGCCUUUAUUCGUAGUUCACAGCUCACUGAACAUCAGAGAAUUCACCCCGGUAUCAAGCCUUACGAAUGUAGAGAGUGUGGGCAGGCCUUUAUUCUUGGCUCACAGCUCAUUGAACACUACAGAAUCCAUACUGGCUAGAAAGCCCAGAACAUUCGGGAAUAGAGUGGAGUUCAUACCUGACUCAUAAGCUCCUGCAUCAUGUCAUGUGACAAAUGGCAGAAAACCUUCAUUUGUUGCUUCCACAUGGAAUAUCAGAAAACUCACGCUAGGAGAAGAUUCAAUAAAUAUGGAUU